CACCCGAAAGGAAAGAGCUUCAACGAACCCACCAUGGGGGACACAAAGCUCUGCCUCGUACUUCUCCUCAGUGCUGUCGCAUUGGCCCACGCUGAUGACGAUGCAUCAUGCCUGAUGGCCAAGAGGUACAAGCCUUUCCACAAGUAUGAAUUCCUGUAUGAAGCCGAAUCCCUCAACUUCCUCAAUGGAGCCGUCAACGGCCCCAAGGGAAGCUGCAAGGUUGAGAUUGAUGUUCCCGGCCCCUGCCAAUACAUCGUCCGCACCACUGAGUGCACGCUCAGCGAGGUUGCUGACUUCGAUGCAGCUGGCGAGCCCGUCUUUGUCCCCGCAGCCACUACUGAUGCCUUCCAGGCUGCCAUGGAGAAGAACCCUCUGAAGGUCACUGUUGAAGGGGACAACAUCAUCAAGCUGUUCCCUGAAGACGAUGAGCCUAUCAACAUCCUCAACAUCAAGAGGGGAAUGAUCUCUGGCUUUGCUGUGCCUGUUCUGGAGGAAGAGAGGAACAAGAGAAUGCCCACCAUCUAUGGAUUGUGCAAGACUGACUACACCGUGAACGCCAGAGAGGACAUCGCCACAGACGUCACCCUCACCCGUGACCUGUCCAGAUGUGACCACUUCCACCCAGUCAGUGACUACACCAGCCCCCUGGCCCUCAUCACUGGCAUGCACUACCCUCUUGCCCAGCUGAUCAAGAGCACCCAGACCUGCAACUACAAGUUUGACAACGCAGAGCACCACCCAGUGUUCGGUGAAUGCCUUGAGAACCACAUCCUGGUGCCUUUCUCCCACAAGGGGAAAAAUGGAGUUACCAACGUGAGCAAGCAGAAGGCCACCCUCUUGGCCGUCUCUGAAUACAAUGAGAGAGUCUUCGACCCCGUUCUGGCCAAUGAGCAGACCCUGACCCCACACGCCAGUGUGGACAAGAGCCCAAUUCAGGACAAAGAUGCCGCUCUCGCUCUCCUGAGGGAACUGGCUGGCCUUUCCAAGACCGACGACGGACAAAAGAGAGCCCAUCUGGCCCACAGGAUCGUGAGCAUGGUCCGCAAGAUGUCCGCUGAGACCCUGGCCGCUGGCGUGCCCGAGGCCCUGGAAAUCUCUCGCUCCCUGACCUACCAGGCUCUGUUCCAGUGCGGCACCCCCGAGUGCAGCAGUGCCAUCAUGCAGAUCCUCAGGACCUUCGACAGCUCUUCUAUGGAGAUUGACGCCACAGUCUACGCCAUGGGGCUGAUGCCCAACCCCACUCGCCAGCUCGUCCAUGACAUGCUGGAAAUGGCCAAGUUCAAGCAGAGCAAACCCAUCUUCUAUGGUGCCAGCAAUGCUGUCAAGAAACUGUACCAGGCUGAGGGCAAGGUCACUCCUGAGAUUGAGGCUGUUGCCAACUUUGCCUUGGAGCAGAUUGGAGACUGCACUGGUGACCAGGAGCACAUUUUCAUGUCCCUGAAGGUUAUUGGUAACAUGGCCGCUGCUAUGGGAGCUGCCAGCCCUGCCCUCAAAUCUGCUGUUGUCCAGUGUGUCAACCAGCCCGCUGCUUCCCCAGAAGUUCAGCUUGCUGCCAUCCAGGCCUACAGACAGACCGCUCUCCCUGAGGAGGGCAGACAGGUGCUCAUGCAGGUCCUUUUGGACGGUGCUGCCCCACUUCAGAAGCGUGUUGCCGCCUACCUGGUGCUGAUGAAGGACCCUCAGCCCUCUGAACUCUCUCAGCUGGCUGCUGCCCUGCCAAUUGAGGAGAACCAACAGGCCAAGAGCUUUGUCAUCUCUCAUGUCACCAACAUCCUGAGCUCCACAGCACCUGAGACCCAGGAGCUGAGGCAGAAGAUUCUUGAUGCUCUUCAGGGCAAUGAGGUUGGAACUGUCAUGGACCCAACCAAAUUCUCCCGCAACUACAAGGUCGGAUCCCUGGAGGGAAAUAUGAUCUUCGAUGGAGCUAGCUACUUGCCCAAGGAAGUUGUGCUGGAUAUGGCCCUGAAUGCCUUUGGCUAUGAUGUGGACAUGAUUGAGGUUGGCAUGGAAGGCAAGGGACUUGAGCCAACUGUUGAAGCCCUGUUUGGUGCCAAUGGAUUCUUCCCUGACACUGUGAUGAAGACCAUCUACUAUGCUGCUGAUAGGAUGCCUGGCCAUUUCAGCCAGACUCUGAAGAACAUCCUUCCUUCCCUGAGGAACGAUAGGAAGAAGAGACAGUCUUCCCAGAAUCUCCUGAGAGAGCUUAGCCGCAAUGUCAACAAACUGUUCAGAGACCUGAAGGCUCAGGAUGCCCCUGAGGCCAUGGUCUACCUGAGACUGCUGGGAAUGGAACUUGGCUACCUCAAGACCAAGGACAUGGAAGAGAUGGCAUACUCUGCUGCAAUGAUGAUUGACAACCUCCUGAAGAUGUUCCCCACUGAUUUCAUCAAGGGACUGCUGACCAGUGCUGACAAUGAGCUGUUUGCCCACUACAUCUUCAUGGACAAUGAGUUCUACCUGCCAACCGGCCCUGGUGUUCCUCUGAGGGUUGCCCUGUCUGGUACCUUCACCCCUGGAAUCAAGGGAGGAGUGCACCUUUCUUCUGACAUGAGUGAGGUAGCCUUCAUGCCAUCCGCUGGCAUUGAGUUUGUGACUGAGGUUGGAGCCCACUUCCCUGACUUUGUUCAGUCUGGUCUGGAGAUGCACACCAGCAUUUACCACGAGAGUGGCCUGAAAGCCAAGGUCUCUGUGUCCAACAACAACAUCAAGCUGACCAUCCCUGCCCCUCAGGGCCCAGCCAAGCUCGUCAGCCUCACCAACUCCCUGGUGUCUGUGCAUGGUGCUGAGAUCAAGACCAUCCCAACCACGGGAGAGAGAGUUGAUGUGACAGAGUGCACACCAGUCUUUGCUGGCGUGAAAUACUGCACAGCUCUGCAGUACUCUGAUGCCAUGAACACCGAUGAGUCUCCCUAUUUCCCCUUCACCGGAGACAGCAAGCUUGCCAUUGAGCUGCAUCCUACUGGUGAAGUCUCAGAAUAUGUUGCCAACAUUGACCAUUCCUAUGAGGACAAGACUGACAAAGUGACUUUGACUCUGAAGGCUGAAGGAGCAGCAGCUGAGGCCACAGCAACUGUGAAGUUCAACAGGCAGCAGUACACCGUUGAAGCUGAUCUGCAGGUCCCUGAUUAUGACUUGGAGGUUGGACUCAGGCUUGGCUCUGUUGACCCCAACACCAAGGGCAAGGCCACUCACUCUGUCCAGAUUGAUCUCGUCAACAAGAACAUUCCUCAGGCCUCUCUGGUUGCCCUGGCCAAAAUUGAGGGAAUGAAGGACGCCACUUUGGACCUUCAGCUCCUUGUGCCUGUACUGAAGGCUGAUGCCAAGGUCUCUGCACACCUCCACCGUGCUGAGGGCCUGACCCUGGAACUGGAAACUGAUGUUAAGCUGCCAGAGACUUCCUCUGCCCAGAAGAUUGUUCUGAAAUACGAUGCUGACAAACUGGAAGCUGAGAUUAAAUCUGAUGUGAGCUCUGAGAUCCAGAACAUCAUCCCCCACAUUGAUGAAGUCAAGGCCUCUGUGAAUGGUCUUCUUGCAGCCCAGAUUGGUCAGUCUGGCAUGACCUUCGGUGAUGUCCUCGCUAAAUCUGUUGAGACUACCAAUGCCUAUCUGGAGAAGCUGGAGGCUGAGCUUCCUUAUGUGCAGAACGUGAGGCUUCCCUCUCUUCCUGAGCUUUCUCUGCCCGAGAGGCUGUACCUGAAUGCUGAGGCUGAUGCCAAAUACCACUUUGGCAAGCACUACUACACCAUUGCCAUUCCUCUGCCUCUUGGAGGAAAAUCCUCUGGAGACCUGAACUUCCCUGCUGCUCUCACCACUCCUCACUUGACUGUGCCACAGCUGGGUCUGGAGGUUGCCUCCAUUGACAUUCCUCUCCCCGAGGUCUUCGUUCCAGAGCACGUGUCAGUGUCUGUACCUGUCCUCGGAAAGGCUGAAGUGUCCGCCAAGGUUCACAGCAACUUGUACAACCUGGAGGCUGAUGUUUCUGCUGGUAGAGAUCCAGUUGACCACCCCAGCUAUUCUGCUAAUGUGGCAGUUACUGGUAGCUGCCCUGUAGAUAUCUUCUGCUUCAAGGCUGAAGCAUCUGCGCUGCUUGCUGGCACACCUGAUGAUUCCCUCAAGGCUGAAGUGAAGACACAUGUGCACCACAAGCUCAUUGAUGCCAGCGUUAGUGUUGUGGAGGUAGCAACUAUUGCUGACAAGUUCAACCUGAAAUCCAACAGCAAGAUUGAAGCAACCAGCCCUCUUGGAGUCCAGGUGUCUCUGGAGUAUCACGGUGAUGCUGGUCUGAACACAGAAGAGAUCUCUGGAAAUGGAAACCUGGCAGCAUCUCUCAGGGCUGGCCCUGUUUAUGGUGAUGCCUCCAUCUCCCAGACGAUCGAAUUCUUCCCAUUCAAGCCAGAGGCCAAGAUUGAUUCCUCACUGAAGAUCGAUUCCACCCUUGCCAAGGCCCAGAACACAUUUGUUGCUGUCUUUGCCAAUGGUGAGCUGUCUGCCACAUCCAACACAGCUGCAUUUGAUGACACCCUGCUGCACCAUGCUGAAGUGACCAUCAAGGAUUCCACACUGGCUGUGAAGUCUGAUACCAAGGCAGAUGCCCUCGGCCUGAAGAUUCAGAAUGUGGCUGAAGCCUCUGCAGGUGCUGGAGUUGUUAACAUCAAGAUGGAAACAAGUGCUGACCACGCAGAAGACCGCAUCCAUUCCCUUGUGACUGCCGUCCUGGAUGUCAACGGACUGGCUGUGAACAGUGAUGCUGAUGUUAAGCUUGCCGACAACACUGCCACUCAUAAAGCAUCUUUGACACUGAACAAGGAUGGCCUGAACACCAAUGGAGCCACAUCUCUGCAGAGCCCUCUGAAGCUGGAGAACACCUUCAGCGGUACCGUGGAUGCAUCCAAGGUUGACCUCAACAUUGACAUCAAGGGUGAAUUUGCUGACAUGAAGGUUGCAAAUGCCAUGUCUCUGACUGGAACCCCUGCUUCUAUUGCUUUCAAAACCAAUGCGGAAGCAUUUGUCAUUGAGGGAACCUCUUACACCCAUUCCAUUGUCCUGGAUGUGCACGACUACACUGCAUCUUUGAACAUCAACAAUGACCUGAAGGUCCUGCAUGCCAACCUGGAGAAUCACGCUGAGCUUAAGGCAGAGGCCUACAAGGCUGACCUGACCGGAAGCCUGAAGGCAGCCUAUGGUGAACAGGAGCUCAAGCACACUUAUGAAGUCAAGUAUGCUGACCUGACUGCCAAUGCCAAGUGCAGCACAACUGGUAUGCUUCUGGGCUCUCACCUGAGCCAGAACACCGAGGUAUUUGUUCCUGGACUUGCUAUUAAAAUCACCAAUGAUGCCCGCUUCAACUCUCCAGUUCUCCGUUUUGAUACCACCACCCGUGCCACAGCUGUCCCCUUCAGCUUCAACCUUGAUGCUAUUGCCAAUGCUGACGCUGACCUGACCAUGCAUGGAAAGCACACUGCUCAAGUUUACACCAAGUUCCUCAUGAAGGCAGAGCCACUGGCAUUUGCACACUCUCAUGAAUGCAGAGUCUCUACCUCCCAAAAUCUUGACAAUGGUGUUUCCAUUGAAACUGUGCUUGACAACAAGAUUGAAACCCUCCUGACUCCCUCCGACCAGAAGGCUCAUGUGACACUGAAGACCAAAUUCAACAACCAUGCAGUCAAUGAGGAGGUCAGUGUUUACAACAACCCAGAGAGGCUUGGACUGGAAGUGUCAGGAGCCAUCCUGACCAGUCUGCUCAACACAGCUGACAGUGAGAACCAAGAGUUUGCUGUUUCUGGAUUCCUGAAGUACGACAAGAGCACUUCUAGCCACGUCAUCCACCUGCCUUUUGUUGAGAGUGUACCAGCUCUCCUUGAAGAUCUGAAAAUUACCAUUGUGAGCAUUGCAGAGGCCCUGCAGACUAUCAUCACCAGGGAGGACCUCGUUAACAAGUUGGAGAGUAUCCCCCAGCACAUCAGCGACUUUGUGAAGGAACUGAAUGUGGAGGGAAGAGCAAUCCAGCUCAAACAGGACCUGCUGUCCCUUUCCAGAGACUAUGCCAUCACUCUUGAAGACCUGGAGGCUACAUUGAUGAACCUGAGGGCUGCACUUGAGAAGCUUCUGACUGACCUGGCUGCCCGUAUCAACGAUACCGUGAGAGUGACCAAAGAGCUGAUUACCAGUGGAGCACUGUCUGAAGCUGUUGUCAAGAGGCUGACUGAGGAGCUCAAUGCACUGAAUGAGGAAUAUGACUUCAAUGCCAUGCUUGUUGCAGUUAUUGAGCUUGUUGAAGAUCUGAUUAAGCAGAUUGAUCUGAUGAAGCUGAAGGACAGCAGCAUUGCUCUCUUGCACGACCUGGAUGCCCAGUAUGCCAUCAAAGCAAAACUUGAGGAAAGAGUGGGUGAACUGAAACAAAUGAUUUCCAGCUUCAGCUUGGCUCAGUUUGCUGAGGAUCUGAAAAACCUGAUUCUCUCCAUUGACAUUGAAGCUCUGACCAAUCAGCUUGUGGCUCAAAUUCCAACAGAACAAAUUAACAAGAUUGUAGACACAGUGAAAUCUCUGGUGACAGAAUUGGACAUCAUUGGUAAGCUGAAUGCAUGCUAUGCUAAUGUGAAAACUGCACUUGUUAAAUAUGAACUUGACAAGAGAAUUGAAGCCAUCCUGGAGAAGGUUGUUGAGCUCAUCCAGAAAUUCAAAAUUGAUGAGACCAUACAGGUUGUUGCUGACACUUUGAAGGCCAUCCACAUCCCUGUUGCACUGGAAGAUGCUAUCAACUACCUGAAGGCCACAGAGAUCAAGCAGGCUAUUGAGCACUUGAAUGAAUACCUUGAUGCUUUUGUGCAAAGUGUUAAGUCAUUUGACUACAAUGCCUUUGUAGAUCAUGCCAAUGAGAAAAUUGCUGCUUACACUGGCGAGCUGAACACACUCAUUGCUUCUCUUGAGAUUCCACAGAAGGUUGAGGCAGCCAGAGAAUUUGUCAACUAUGCUCUGUCCACAUUGAGUGGCCUCCUGGAAGAACUCAGAGGCAUCAAGGCAGCUGAUGUAGUCAAAUCUGUAAAGGACAUCAUUGAUACCGUGGCUCUGAAUGAACUCAGGGCACUGGUGGCCAAACUCCCAGAGGUUGACCUCAGAGCUGAAAUUGAGCAUUACCUGCAAGUAGUGAGCAAUGUGUACACCAAGGUCAUGGACAUUGUCAUUGAAACCUUCGGUGGAGUUGUUGAUGCAAUCCAGACAUUGGCUGCUGAUCAGGCCAUUAUUGGCCAACUUAAGCAGGUCGUUGAAGGAGUCGCAACUGGACUGAAGGCCAGCCUGGCUCACCUUCAAGACAUUCUCCCAACACAGAUUGAUCUGCCCGAGUUCACCAUUCUGGGCUUCCAUACUGUGCCAGCCAUGACCAUCACUUAUGAUGAUAUCAAGCAGAAGGUUAUACAGCUCAUUGACUUCAUUGUCAACUAUGAAAUCACCUUUGUGGAUGUGGAUGCUUUCUUUGGAGAGCUCUCCAUGAACUACCUGCCUGACCUGUCUGCUAUUUCACUGCCAGAGAUCAGCCUUCCACAGAUCUCUUUCCCUGCCUUCCCCAAGGUCAAUCCCGAGGAUCUGAUUGACAUUCCUUUGACCAUCCCUGAGAUUAAGCUCCCUCACAUUCCCACUGAGCUGAUGGUGCCAGCUUUUGGAAAGCUCUAUGGUGAAAUCAAAGUGAACACUCCCAUCUACAGCCUCCGAUCUGCUGCUGAAUUCCAAAAUGCUGAAGAAAGCCAGUAUACAGCCUCUCUGACUGCCCAAGGAUCUUCCUCCGUUUUGGGCGGACUGGAUUGCAACCUGGAUUCCAGUGCUAGAGUGAGCUUCCCAGAGAUGAACCAGAUCGUUGUCGCAGAAACCCUGAAGUUCACUUCUUCAAUCCUUGCUGUUGACCAUGAGGCAACAGUGAGCCUCCCACCCCAGGGCACUGCUAAGACCACGGUGAAGAUAACCACAUCUCCCAUCACAGCUGAGUUGGUCAACAAUGCAGUUAUUGAUGGUUUGUCUUUGGCUCUCGACACAACCUACCACCACCAGAUCAACAUUGCCCUGGUCUCAUACACCAGUGAAAGCCAUCUGUCUCAAAAGGCAGCUGCUCGUCUGGAAGGUCAGACCAUCACCCUGACCAUUGGACAUGAGGGAACUACCAAGUUUGGCCUGCCUGACUACUCUGAUGAGGGAACACUCAAGAGUGACCUGCACUAUACCAUGGACCUCAGCACUGCCAAGUUGACAUACACUGGUGACAUCAAUAGUGCCACUCUCAAGAUGAAGCAGGUGUUGAAUGCUGAUGCUGUUGUCCUCAGCUACCUGAACUUUGAUGCCCGUGUUGAAGCCGAGUCUCCAAUCAUCAAGAACAGCCUGCUCACCGCCUCUGGAAAGGCUAACCUGGGUGACUUGAAGGUUGAAAUCAAGGCCAAUCAUGACACAGAACUUGCUGGUGCUCUCAGUGGAACCCUGUCCAACUCCAUCCAUGCUAUGGUUAAGCCCGUUGAGGUUGUGCUCGACUUCCAGAACAAGGGUAAUGCCAAGGCCAGCCUGGCUGAGACACUAUCAGCUAAACUUGAUCUCCAGAAUGACUACUCUGUCACCCUGAAUUAUGAUCAUCAGCACAUUAACACCCUGGCCCUUGUCAAGCUUAACCAGUACAAGAUGGGUUACAACGUAACUGUUGAAAACAACCAGGCAGAAACUGGAGUCUAUGCUUCUGUUGAUGCUGAAGCCAACCUUGACUUCUUGACUGUGCCUAUUAGCAUUCCUGAGCUUGCUGUCCCAAUCAUUGAUUUCAAGACCCCAGCCAUCAAUGAGAUCAAUCUGUAUGAGCACACUGGUCUGAAGCACCUGCUGACUUCCACCGAGCAGACAGUUGAUGUGGAUGCCAAGAUUGUGUACAAGAAGAGCAGGUUUGCUCCCCUUAUGGAUCUGGGCCUGAUUCACGUUCCUGCCAUUGGCAGCCUGGUCUCUGAAGCCUCUAUCAAGUCCUCCAUCGUCAACCUGAAUGUCAAUGCUGAGGUGUCUGCUGAGGAUGACGUUGUUAUCCGCAUCGGUGCCAUCUCUGCAUCUGUCUUUGAGGGUCUGAAGGCCAAGAUUGACGGCACCAGCAGCCUUACCACCAAGAGAGGUGUGAAACUGGCCACAACCCUUUCCCUGGAGAAUGCUCACGUUCAGGCUACCCAUGACAGUACUCUGAACCUGAACACUGAAGAGCUGGAAGCUUCCCUUUCUGCUACAACUGAUGCAAAGGUGAAUCUGCCCAUCCUCACUGCUGAGGCCAACCACCUCCUGACAGCUGACACAAAGGAACAUCCCCAAGCAGCCUCUACUCUCAAGAUCAAGUAUACCUUGGACAUCCCAGUCAUCAAGGCUGUUGGUUCCGGAGAUGCUGAGAACAGCCUGAAACUUGAGGCUGGUCUCUACUUCCUGUCUGUGGAAUCAUCCACAAAGGGGCACAUUGAUGGAACCAUCCUGGACACUGGUCUUGUAAAGGGAGCCCUGGACAACACCGCUAAUGCUUACCUGAACGAGAAUGGUCUUCGCUCAACUCUGAAGAGCAAUGGCAAUGCACACAUCAGCCAUGGAGACCUGAAGGUUGAGCUUGAUUUGGAUGAAGACAUUGCUCUUGAAGCAGGCCUGAGCCGCGUGUAUUCAACUGUGAAAAUUGACUCCAACAACGAAAUCAAUGUGGCUGCCCUGAACACCAAGGGAAAGCACUCUGCCAAGGCCACCAUUGACCUCUCUCCCCUGAGCUCUCUGGCUGCUGAUGUGGAAGUUGAUCUUGCUCAGCCAAGCACCCUGGGUGAACUCAGCAUCUAUGACAAGACUGUUCUUGAACUGACCGCUGGAAAACAGAAGGCUGCCAUCAAUGCCAAGAUUGUCACCCCUGUGUACACCACCACUGCUGCUGCUGAAGUAGAGGCUGAAAUCCCUAAUGCCAAGGGAGCCUUCAAAAUCUCUGCAACAUCCCCAGUUGAGUUCCUGGUCUACGACUUCGAUAGCUCCAUUGCAUCUGCUGUGGAGAGCUCUGCUCUGAGUCUGACUGGCAAGGCUGUCCUCACACAUGCUGACCUGACUGUUGAUAUUCAGAAUAUCCUUACUGCAGCCAUGUCUGAUGAUGGCGCCUUCCGCCACUCUGUCAAUGUGGACAUCAGCAGCCCCACCUUCACUGAUGUGAACUUCCGCUAUUCAGCCCGCAAGGAUGGUGCCAGUGCUUCCAUCUCCACUCCAUCCACUGGCUUCCUCGGACUUCAGCUCCAGGGCAGGGUCCCAUCCCAGCUGUACGCUAGACUGUACAGUCGCUAUGCUUCCGCCCCCGAGAGUGAUGUGGAGAUUCUUACCAUCAGAGCUGCUGCCAAGGAUGGAGACAAGCUGCACCUGCAGGCUGCCUACAACCUGGAUGCCCCCAAGGACAUCAUUUCUGGUCUGGAGGAGAGAGUUCCUGCCAUCACCUCAACCCUGAUCAGCUUCUUGGAGAAGUACGGCAUCGUCAGCACUCUUGAGAGCGUGAAGAACACACUGGUGACCGUAGUCACUGAGGCCUACAACACUGCCAAGAGCCACGCCCCCGAGAUGAGCCAGCUGUCUGUCCUCUUCAGGGAUGUCGUUGUUCAGUACCAGAAGACCGUUCAGAUCCUGCUUGAUGCCGCCAUCAAGUUCCUGAGGGAGACCCAGAUCGAGCUUCCAGGAAUGGAGAAGGCUACUCUCCCUGAAAUUGUGCAUAAGAUCACAGUCAACGUUGGCACAGUACUUGAGCAGCUUCUGCAGGUGAUCACUGAUAACCUGUAUGCCUACCUCACACCAGUUGUUGACACCAUCAGCGCAAUCCAGGUGACCAUGCCCUCUGGUGAGGUCCUGACUGGAAGCCAGAUUCUGGACCAGGUGAAGGCCGUCUUGACAAAGGUUGUGGAGAUGGUGAAGAAUCUGGAGAGCCUUGACCACAUCCUGGAGAAGGUGGGACAGACCCUCCAAGACGUUGUUGAGAAGGCCCAGGGCUUUGUUGACAGCUUGCACUCUGACAUCCUCGACAUCGUCUCUGUGAACUUCAACAUCCUCUACCACAACUAUCUUGCUGUGCUGAAGACCGUGACAGAGCAUGUCGACUCCCUGCUGAAUGUGCAGGAGGUUAACGACACCAUCAAGCACGCUCUGGAGUUCGUCAGGUCUGUGGUGGAUCAGAUCCUCACCCGUGUCGCUGCCAUCCUGCCCCACGGUGUGGAAAAUGUUUACCUGAGAGUAAGCGAUGGAAAGCUGGAGGUUGAGCUUCCAUUUGCUCUCCACCAGUAAGAUGCUGUGCAAGUAGAAACCAAAGCUACAAUAAUUCUCCGUAGGAGAAUAAAUUGACACUUCAACAUUCUAGAGGGGUGAUAACCUCCUUAUAUUUAUGUCAGCUAAGCAACAUCUUUGAUAUUGUUUUAAGUUACCAUCAUUUCCUUUGGUGACCACUGUUAUUUUCUUUUGAG